AAGUGUUUCAAAGUUUUUUAGUUUAUCUUGCAAUAAAAUAUGCAUAUAUAUACCACACAUAAUUAGACCCAUAAGAUCAAUCCACGACCCAUGGGUAUAACAAAAACCAUUGCUACCUGCUGUGACGCAGUCCAUGGGUUUUGUACACCCUUGGGAGAAAUGGCACCCUCCACGCGAGUCCGCGGCUUCGCCUUGAGUACCAUUUGCCCCCCCCCCCAGUACAAAACACCGUGGACCCCUACAUCGCAAGCACCAAUUGUUAAAUGCCAGCCGACAUAACGCCUGAUGCUACUCAACAGAAUCGCGGUUGAGCUGUUUGCAUUUGUAUAAAUAUCAAUAUACACUGUUACGUAAUCAGUACCAGCGCGUAAAGAUUGCAGUGCGUUCGUGAGAAAAUCCCUUAAAGCCUCAUGGUCUAGUCGUGCCAGGUCUGUGUUAUCUCUAUUUUAUAUGUGCUGCCGUCGUAGCUGAAUUUCUUUGCGACGAAUCAAGCGCUCUGAUAUUCCGAUUAUUCGUGUUUCUUAUUUUGAAGCUCGCUCUGCUCAACACCGUCAUGCUCACUAAAUGGAGAUUUCAGUGUCUUUUGUGGGGCAUGGUCUCUGCUUAUCUCACUGUGUCUGUCAUCGAGGUAUAUGUGAAAAAAGAAACUUCUUGGUUGUCACUGGCUGUCACAGGGGGCCUAUGGAGAUAUUGCUGAACAUAGGGAGACUGUCUGAGGUUUUAAUGAAGAUAUCGUUUUUUUGUGGCAUGUGGUAGCCUUUCCACGAUGAUUGCGUUUCACAUCUCAACACUGCGAUGUUCCGAGACUCACACUCUAAUGACGCUCCUGUUGGAAUACACCUACUUCCAGUUCAUUGGUCUGUUUGGCCCGCUUAUUGUAUCAAAGCUCACAAAGGCCUGGAAAGAGCCGCGCAAAGCGCAGGAAACAUUUCUCAGGGAAUUAAUCUCCCGUGAUGCGAAUACGGAGUACGGCAAACGAUACUUAAAAGGCAUAAAAUCACUGCAAGAUUUCCGAGACAAACAUCCACUCACCAAGUAUGACCACUACCAGGAUUACUUCCAGAGACUGGCGGACGGAGAGAAGAACGUCUGUGUGGCGACCAAAGUGGAAAGGUUUGGACUGUCUUCGGGUACCACGGGCAAGGGAAAGCUUAUCCCACUGGUGAUCUCGAAAAGUGGGAGACUAGUAGCAGGUGUGUAUCUCCAACGCCUGGCAGGGGUUAGUCCCGUCCAAAAGAUAGCUACUAUAUAUUGCAGAUCUGCCCAUCGAUUUACAAAAUCCGGACUUCUUGUGGCGGCAGUGUCAUUCAUCCCGGAAAGCAGAGCCUCGAAGUUCUUGACAGGUUCCCUUUCGAACACGCCUUUCCCUGCUUACAAGAUUUCAACGGACUUUGAAGCAACCUACGUCCACCUUCUUUUUUCUCUAACGGACAAAAACAUUUCGGUGUUCCUGACCCCAUUUGCGUCGCAGGUUUACAGGGCGUUUGCAGUGCUUGAGGACAAACAAGACAUGUUGUUGGCGGAUUUGUCUCAAGGCAAGAUAAAUCCUAACUUGAACCUAGAUGAAGAUAUUCGACAGUCCGUGAAUGCUGCAUUGAAGCCCAACCCAGCUAGGGCUGAUGAGCUGAGAGCGGAGUUUGCUCGAGGCUUUGUAGGUAUCGCUAGCCGGAUCUGGCCGUAUCUUAAGUGUGUUCUCACAAUUGACGUUUCGGGGUACAUGAAGAAACUCCAGGAAAACUACACCAAAGGCACCAAGUUCUAUAGCCCUUCGUAUGCCUGCACUGAGUGCCUAUCCCUGGGUAUCAACCUGUGGAUGGAUGGAAGACCUCAACAGUAUGUCCUAUUGCCUAGUGAAGUCAUGUUGGAGUUUAUCCCAGAGGAAUUCAGUGGAGGGGAUAGUCCUGAGACACUGCUAAUUGAUGAGGUCGAGGUUGGCAAGCGCUACGAGACUGUAAUAACCUCCAUUUCAGGGUUUUACCGCUACCGCAUGGGUGACGUGGUGGAGGUUGUUGGUUUCCAUGAGAACUGCCCAGUGAUUCAGGUUAAAUACAGAACGGGCGAGCUGCUCAAUUUACGCAGCGAGAAGAUUAACAAGCUUGUCGUGAACAACGCCAUACAGGAAAGCUUGGGAAACUGGCCAGGAGUCACACUCGUGGAAUGGACAUGCGCAGAAAGUCCACUGCUUUACGAAGAUCAGGACGGUGUCGAUUUUGACAUGUUCUAUAUGCUGUUCGUCGAGUUUGAUUCACUAGAGAACUUACGUUUAUCGGAAGAGCAAAAAUCAUUGUUUGACAAGUCCCUCCGUAAACAACAUGAGUUUUACGACAAUUAUCGGCAAGUUGGCACCAUCAGCGAAGCUCGAGUGAUGAUCGUUCUCCCAGGAUCCUUCAAAAAGUUACAAGACUUCACCAUAGCGAACUCGACGGCUAGUUAUAACCAGUUCAAGAUGCCCAAAAAAUUACGGACAAAGGCUACCGUGGACUUUCUCAUGAAGUUUGUGGUGGACGUGUAUAACUCUAACCUUUAACUGGAAAAAAAGCUGUGGGCAAAGUUAGGCAGCCAUUUCUGUCACGCCCCUACUUAAUGUAUCUUUGUGCUUCUUAUUUCUGGAUGUGUUCAAUCUUAAUGAGAUCUGUCAACCGAUAACCUCACACGUAUGAGUUUGUGACGUCAGCAUUAGAAAUUUUAUUUACUUUCAGUUACCAUUUACAGACUUUGGUGUUAAAAGCCACAAAACGACAACACACUCUGUCCCUAGUCGGAAUCAAACUACGCAUUAUAACAUGUAAAAAAAAAUACAUUUCAUAGUCGUUUGUGAACUAGUGAAGUUCAUUUCCGACCAAAAGAGCCUCUCUUUCUCAGAAUACAGCCCCGCUAUUGUCCAGGUCGAGGCCCAUAGGGUAGACAAAAGGAGAACAUCUCAGCUGUUAUGGAUUUCUGAAAAUUACGCUAUAAAGUGUAUGUUUUUCAUCCUGAUGGUUGAUUUUUGUGAUUUUAUAUAUCAACAUUGUGGAUAUGAUAUAUACUAAAACCGUUUAAAUUUAUCUACAUGCACACUUAAAUUUCUUGAAUAGUUUCACAUUCACUUAUUUCUUCAGUUAUUUGAAACAGACUGUACAAAUUAGUGUUGUGGUUUUGUGUUUGUGUUGCGUGGUUUGCUUUGUUUGUUGUCGUUAACUCUUCUGUAAUAAGCCUGCCUGCAGCUUUGCGGUGCUUACAUGUGUUGAAUACUGCGAAAGGCACACGUACAUUAGGAAUUUAGUGACAUGUUUCGGUAAGAGGACAUUUUCAUAGUAAGCCUUUCAAUGUGUGUUGUAUUAAAUAUAUUCGCCGGUGGUUGAGAGCACCUGCAUCAGUCACCGUCAGAAAGCUUGACUAUCGUUCUCUUCUUUUGCUACGUUUUGAAACUUUUCUUUGAAAGCCCCGAUUAAUCCUUUCCUUGUUUAAGUCAAAUCUAAUUUCCCGGGGAACAUAACUCACAAGGGUUUAUCUACAGCCAAGUUACUGUUUUGUAGGGGAGGG